UCACAACCACAGUAGAUUGACUAGGCAGAGCCAUCCCGGGCUGCUUCCUGGGCCAGGCUUACAGAUGAUCAUGAACUGUGACAGCUUUACCCACACCAGCCCUGCAUUCUGGGACUCAGCUGCAAGGAUCGACAGAAUCUGAGCCUGGACCGCUGGCAUCCGGAACACCUGAUCUACUAUAUCAUGUGGCCAUCUGGUCAGAAGUAGCCUCUCCCCUGCUCUGGACAGAACCUUCACUACUAGACUCCAUAUUCCUGCUCAGUCCUGGACCUACGACCCACAGCCUUCGGGCUUCCCUGCUUUGAGACACUUCAGCCAGGAUGAGCAGAACUCUCCGACUGUCAGCUAUGGGCUCCAGAGUGGGUGCCCUGGCAAGUCCUGGUCUCGCCCUCCUCCUGUCCCUCACCGCCCACUGCUCGGGUCCUCAGGCUAAGGGCUUGCCCAAGGGAGGACUGAAUGCAAGUGAAGCCAACACAUGGGUCAGGAACAACACCUCCCUCCUGCAAAACUUCUGGUGCUUGCCAGCCAGCCAGCUGCCCCGCGAACAGCUCUCCAGUUUAAUCAGAAGCCUGGCUUCACAGAGGGUCGCACUCAAAGCCUGGCAGCUCAGCUGCUUGGCCAACCUCGCUGCACAGCUGGGCCUCCAGGAUGACUUCGAGUUCCACCCACCCAGCCUUCUACUUUUCUAUGAUCUGAGCCAGGUGGGGGACACUAACUGCCGGGCCUUCAUUCACCAUGCUGCCCAAGGGGACACAGAACUGCUCACCAACUUGCCCAACCAGAGAGUUGCCCUGCAGCGCACAGCCUUGGCCUGUCUGGGCGGACCCCACCUACAGCUCAGUGCUUCAGACCUGUGGCUUCUUGGGGUCCUGGUGUGUGACAUGGAGGCAGCACAAAUUGUGACUGCAGACCCCAGUGUGCUGAAGAACCUGCUUCGCUGCCCAAGGCUUACUGUCAUGCAGACUGCGGCCCUUAACACCCUGCUGGCCAGUGGGAAGACGCAAAUAGGGCCUCCUGGCUCCUGGAACCUGCAGGGGCUACAGGCCCUUGGACUUCUGGCCACUUACAUCAGCCCCGACCUGUGGGAGAAGGUGCAGGAGGCUGUGGGCUUGGACUUCUUCCGCAGUGUGGUGGCUGCUUGCCGGGCAGGCCAACUGAGCAGGCACGAUGCCAGACGCUUCGUUGACAACUUCCUAGAGUCCAAGGCCACUUCAGUGUCCUCAAGGCCCAAGCGGCGCACAGGGAGAUCCUGUGUCCGUGGCAACAUCACAGCAGCCACCCUGCACGAUGACCUCUUCCUGGUGCACUAUGACUGCACCCAGCUGGAAUCCUGCCUAGGCACACGCGUGCUCAGGGCCAACCUGGACCCCUUGCUCCAACACCCGCUGCCUGCAGAGUGCCAGCGCGUUGUCAAAGCCAAACUUACUCAGAUCUACCCACAUGGCAUCCCUGAGGACCAGCUGCACCUCAUCCCCUCGCUGGUCUACCUCUACUCCCUCGCUGAAAUAGGCCAGUGGAACAUCACAUCCGGGGACACAGUGAUAAUCCUGCUGGCCUCAGAUGCGGCUCUGGACAACCAGACGGAGGCAGUUCUACAGAGGUUCUUGGACCACAACGGCAAGGUCACUGGAGCUCUUCUGGUGGCCAUCGGGGGUUCCCGUCUCUGCUGGAUGAGCCUCAAGCAGCUUCAGUUUAUUCAGCCCUCAGAGUUCCGGCUAGCCGGAGCUCCAGACAUCUCUCCCUGCCCCCAGAGUCGGAAGGAUGCGCUCUUCAUCAAGGCUCGUGAGGCCUUUAGGAACACCAGUAAUGUGGGAGAAUAUUACUACUUAAUCCGCCCCUACCUCGGUGGUGCCCCUUUGGAGGAACUUCAAUACCUGGCACAGGCCAACAUCUCCAUGGACAUUGACACGUUCACCAACCUCAACCCCCUGACACUGAAGAGCAUGGGUGUGGACAGUGUGAGGAAUCUGCUGGGCCAGAACCUGGGAGAUCUGCGGAAGGCCCGCAACCACCCAAAUGUCAUCCUGUGGAUGCACAGCCACAACAUGACAGACCUGUCUGAUAUGGGCCUAUACACCAGCCCCACACUGGCCUAUGUGACCAACAGGCCCCCCAACACUGCCUACCCACCAUCCAGUUUGAUCCACGACUUGGAUCCUCCAGGCAAUGAUGGUGUUUCACACACCUCAGGAAGUCCUCCAGUUCAUCUGGGGUACCUGUCACUUGCAGUGGCUCUGCCUUCCAGCCUUCUGUGGCUGCUACUGUGUCAGUUACCUUCGGGACAAAUGGCCACUACUCACAGAACACUAGGGCCAAUGGUACUGGCCCAAGGCAGUCGAACCCCUGAACAUCAGAUUCCAGAGAAACGGAGCUGCUAGAUGGGACAGGACACCUGCCUAGGCUGAAGUACAUGUUCCCCAACCCCAGGGGACCUGCUGCUAUGUCCCUAUCCUAGGAGGCUGGCUCUGACUCCCAGGAUCUGAGCCCAUUCUGCCCAACUAAAAGGACAAAUUGGUAGGAGGAGACAGAGUCCAGAUCUUCUGGCCUAUUCCAAGACAGGUGGGACUCCGUGUUACUUGAAUGUCACUUGCCCUCGCUGGCAGAUCUGAAUAAAGCACAAGGCCAUUGCA